AUGAGCGACGCCCUCGUCCUGAAAUGGAUCCUCGACACGCGGCCCCUCUGGCCCGAAGCCAAAGCCACCAAGGACCUCGAAACGGCGGCGAGCCGAGCGCUCUCGCUGCUCACGGCUGACGAGCGCGCCUCCGUACUACGAUACCACUUCGUCAAGGACGCCAAGCUAGCGCUCGGCUCGGCCCUGCUCAAGCGGCACGCCAUCUCGUCGGCGCUCGGGGUCCCCUUCUCGCGCGCGACGCCGACGCCCGGGCCGCCGCCCGGCCGCAAGCCCCUGUUCCGGCGGCCCGACGGCACGCAGCCGCUCGCGUUCAACGUGUCGCACCAGGCGGGCCUCGUGGCCCUCGCGGCGGUGCGCGGCGACGCAGACGGCGGCGCAGACGUCGGCGUCGACGUCGUGUGCCCCCGGGAGCGGCGGGAGCGGGACCACGCGCUGCUCGGGCGCGACGGCUGGCCGGCCUACGUGGGCAUGCACGAGAGCGUCUUCGCGGCCGCCGAGUGCGAGCGGCUGCGGGACCUGGGGCGGCGGCGGGGCCCGGACGAGGCCCUCGAGUACUUUUACGCGCUGUGGUGCCUGAGGGAGGCGUGGGUCAAGAUGACGGGCGAGGCGCUGCUCGCCGGCUGGUUGGGGGAGCUGGAGAUGAGGAAUUUCGCGCCCCCGGGGGCUGCUGCUGCUGCUGAUGCGCCUCCGCUCGAGGUCUGGUUCCGCGGCCGGAGGGUGGGCGGCGGCGGCGGCGGCGGCGGCGGCGUGUACGUGAGGCUCGAGAGGUACUUGGCUGAUUAUAUGGUUUGCACGGUUGUCAGGGGGGACGUUGGGCGCCGUCUGGGCGACGGGUUUGAGAGUGUGGAUCUGGAUGCGCUUCUGGAUUCUGCCGAGAAGAGUAGUUUGUAA